CAUGUCAAAAAUUAUUUUGAUUUUUCGUUUCUGCGAUUUCCGAAGUGCAUUGAUUUUAAUCGAAGAAUUAAUUAAUUUGAUAGUUUAAAUAACUUUUUAAAUUAAAACCACGAGCCCUAUGUUGUUCAUCACAUAAUAAAAUGACUCAUUUGCAGUAUAUGCCGGGCGAUCCACGCUUAGUCGAUCAAUUAGUUUACGAGUUAAAAUCUAAGGGCAUAUUCGAUCAGUUUCGGAAGGACUGUAUAGCAGAUGUGGACACGCGGCCGGCGUACCAGAACUUGCGACAGAGGGUGGAGAACUCUGUCACCACCUUCCUCUCGCGGCAAACCUGGCAACCCGACAUGAACAAGAAUCAGUUGAGAGAAAAACUAAGAAAACAUAUACUAGAUGGCAAUUACUUGGAGCAGGGUGUGGAAAGGAUAGUAGACCAAGUAGUCAAUCCAAAAGUAGCGACAGUCUUCAUACCUAAAGUAGAAGACUUAGUAUACACAGUGCUAGGUAUCACAAGAAAAAAGUCUCCUUCUGCUGAAACUUCAAAUAAAAAAGUUGAUCUACUUCCCAAUGAUUUAGAGGCUGUUAGCCCUGGAUCGGUUAAAAGUAAUGAUGACAAAAAUGAACAAAUGGAUGUGGAUAGUACACAAGAUAAUAAAAUGGAAAUAGAUGAAGAAAAGUCUAAAAUAGACACAAAAGAAAAUAGUAUUGUAUUUGAGAUAGAUAAAGAAAAUACAGGAGAUAUCCAACUCCCGAGUAACGAACUAAUCGAUGAUAUAGACAAAAGUAAUAUACCACUACCAUCAGAAGAAAUAAAACCUGAAAAUAUCCCAUCACCUGACACUAGUCCUCUAAAAGUGGAAUUAGAAAAAAUUGAACUACCAAAAGAACUAAUAGUAUCUACAGAUAUUCCACUACCCAGUGAUAUCUGUAAGGAAGAAAAGGAUCAGUAUUUCAAACCUGUGAACAGUGAAGACGAUGAUUCGAGUUCUGAUUCUUCUCUAAUAAGAAAUAUGUCUCCUCUAACACCAAUUAGAAAUUUCAAUAAUGAAAACUCAUGUGACGCUCAGCAGGCAUUCGAAAAUGAUUCGACAGAUAAAAGUGAAGAUAAGAAAGAACCUAGUUCAUUUAGAUUCAAACUGGAUGCAAAAUCAUCAGAAAAUAGUUCAGACACAAUUAAACCUGAAAAGAAGGAAGCAGAAAUGAAUUUGUCCUAUCAAUUCAACACUCAAGUGAAUAUAAACAAUUUCAAUACACCUCUAUAUGAAGACAGUUCGAAUAGCAACAACUUGCAAAUUGAUUACGAAAGCGAUGCUAAUAGCAAAGCUAUUAUCGACAUUAAAGUUCCUGAUAAUGAUUUAAAUUCAGAAGAUUCUAGAAAAGCGAAGAAGAUAGAAGAAAAGAAAAGUAGUCAUAAAAGUUCGCAUCGUUCUAGAGAUUCACAUAAACAUUCAAGUAGUAAGGAUAAAAAAACUGAUUCUAAGCAUUCGAGCUCAAGAGAUAGCAGCAGACAUGAUAAAAGUAAAUCUUCAGCAAACAAACAAGACAGCAAAACUAAAUCAAGUGAAAAAGAUAAAUCUAAAGAUAAGAACGAGAAAAAAGAUAGCAGUAGAGAAUCGUCAAGACAUAGAAGUUCACACAAAUCUAGUCACAAAGACUCUAAAUCACAUAGAAGUUCCAGUUCGAGUGGACGACAUUCUACCAAACAUUCUGAUGAAAAAAAAUCAUCACACUCAUCAUCAAAUCAUAAAGAUAAAACUUCAGAUAAAAGCUCCUCAGAUAAGUCGAAAGAUUCCAAAUCAAGCUCUCAUAGAUCAGAUAAAGAUAGGAAGAGUAGUAGCAGUAGCAGGAGUGAUAAGACCAGUAGCAAGACUAAAAAUGACAAAGAAAAAGAUAAAAAAAGCAAAAAGGAGACUGAUGAUCAUUACAGCUUAUCAGGAAGAGGCAACCCAAAUAGACGAUCAACAGAUAGAGAUUCAAAUGACGGCAGUACUUCCUCCAAAGGAUCUCAUCACCCUUCAAGCUCCAAAUCUUCUAACAGCAAAAAAGAUAGUAAAAGCAGCUCGAAAUCUGAAAGUACAUCCACCAGUGACUCUCCAAGCCCAAGUGAUAAGGAAAAUAUAGUUCGUGAACAUAGCAGCAAAACUAAGGAGACCCUUCAACACAAACCAAUAGUCAGAAUAGAGAGACAUUUAGAAAUGGCUGUUGCAUCCCCUCCGAGAUUACCUUUUGUACCAGACGUGACUAUAAAAAAGCCGAAAUUCGCCGCGAAUUUAGAAGAAGCCAAAAGGCUAAUGAAAAUGAGAAAAUUCCUAGAUGAGGAGCAAAAAAGAAUGAAUCAAGAAGCUGCUUUGCUUUUAGAAUUCCAAGCAAACGUAAGACCUAGUAUGAGCCAAGUAUACUCAAGCAUUCCCGGGCCUGAACUUGAGUUUGCAUGUGUUUCAAAUGUAAGACCUUUACAAGAAAUGCUUGUACCAAGUAAUGAUAAUAUGAAUCACAUUGCGUUAUCUGAAGGUCAUGAUCUCUUAAGUCAAGGGAAUGAUAACAUUAAUGACCUAAAUCAAGAACUUGAUGAUGUUAACAAGGUCUUACCUGAAGAUAAUAACAUUAAUAAUGAUGUGACACAAAAAUAUGAUCAUAGUGCUCUAACUAAAGAAAGUAUAGACAAAGCUCACUAUACUAAUAAUGAAUUGCUAACUGUAUUAAACGAUGCAAAAAAUGAUGAAGCUAAUAAUGGUGUAGAUUUUAAGGCCCUGAUUGAUGAUAUAAAUAUAAAUAAAAUGGUUUCAAAUACAGUUACAGACCAAAAUAUACAAGACACAGCUGAAAUUCCGGAACCGAACCAACAAAUCGAUAAUACCAAUGUUCCUGUUCAAACAUUGAUUGAUGACCAAAUUGAAAACAUUAACAAGCAAGAUGUUGAAAAUGUAUCUAAUAUUACAAUUGAAGAAACUAAACUCUGUAAUGUCGAAAAAGAAUUAAUAAAUGAACCGCCUGAAAUUAUUAAACCAACAGAAACCUCCGAAAUUUCUAUAGAAAAUAAAGAAACUAUUGAAAACAUUGAAAAUCCACCGAAACAAGAUACUAAAAAGCUUUCAGAUUUAUUCGAAAUUACUAUAAUUACAGAAGAAUUGUCCGAAAGCGAGGAAGUUCCAAAUGAUGACACAGAUACACCCGAAAUAGACAAUGAUAAUAAAGAUAUAAUCAGUGAAUUAUCUCAAAAUGAUGAAGUAAUUAUAGAUGAUUCGAAAAUUAACGAUGAAAAUAAACUUCACUACUUCGGUGAACACGAAAAGUAUAACGCCGAAUUAGAGAGAGCGAAAUUCAAUAGCUUUUUCAAAGAAUACAACACAAAACUUGGACUCAACAAUAAACUCUAUUUGAUAAACUGCGAUUCUUACGAAGAAAAUAUAGUCCGAGAGUGUUCGAAAAAAUUCGGUGAUUACGAAAUCGUGAGUUACCAUAAAAACGGACAUUUGAAGCUACCUAUAAACAAAAAUGUUAUUAAAAACGUUAAUAUAUCCAGUGAAAUUUCAUUACCCAUGGACGUAGAUUAUGAAAAUACUUCAGAAAAUGAAAAUAUAACGCAUAGCGUAUUCAGCCCUGGAAAAUCUGAAUGUUCUUUCGAACUUUCUAGCGAUUAUGACACAAAGUUACAAGAAAUGGUAAACAAGGCAUCCAGGCAAGAAAUCAUGGAAAUAAUACUUGGGAAUGUAGUCGAUUCUUCACCAAGUAAAAUGCCUAAAAUAGACUAUUUGACAGACUCUAACAUUGACAGUGAAUAUGAAACUGGAUUGAAGAGAAAAAUUAAUGAAAUGAGUGAGGAAACAACUACUAGUGUAAAUAAUAACAGGCCUGUAUUGACUCCUAAUAAAAUUAGGAAGUUGAGUACGGAUCAAAUCACUUCAACUACGCAAGAAAAUGAAGAAAUACCUAACAAUAAAAUUCAAAACAUGACUCGAUCCAAGUGUUUGGGCAAAGCCCGAAGAGUGGGCCUGCCGCGACCAAAGAGGACAAUUCUCCCCAACAGUCCGUCAAGCGACAAAUCAGUGGAGAACUACGAACAAAACACUCCAGCCACGCCCACCACUCCCAACGGGAAACUCAAACGCAGCAAGGUCCAGAGAUAUGACACCUCCGACCUCUACAAACCCAAACUACACUAUCUGUCCAGAAGAAACCAAGUUACUUGAGCGUUUCUCAUCCCUAUACUUUUUUAAAUAUUUAAAAUUGAUUAUUGUCGUCACUAGUUAAU